AUGGCAGGCGAUCAGGCGCAGUUUUAUAAUUUACUAAUUACAUUAUUAUCACCAGAUAAUGACGUACGAACACAAGCAGAAGAAGCCUACAAUAAUAUAUCAACAGAAACGAAGGUAGUAUUCUUAGUGGGUGCCAUCCAAAAUGCAGACCUUGCAGAAGAAGCCCGACAAACAGCAGCUGUAUUGCUGCGAAGAUUACUUAGUGCAGAGUUCUUUGAGUUCUUCCCCAAAUUGCCCUUUGAACAACAAGCUAUGCUUAGGGAACAGUUGUUGCUCACUCUACAAAUGGAUGUUAGUCAGCAGUUGAGACGCAAGAUUUGUGAUGUAGUAUCAGAAUUAGCCAGGAACCAUCUCGAUGAUGAUGGUGUCAACCAGUGGCCAGAGUUCCUUCAGUUUAUGUUUAACUGUGCCAAUGCACAGGAUUCUAACAUCAAGGAGGCUGGCAUCAGAAUGUUUACAUCUGUGCCUGGAGUUUUUGGCAAUCAACAGACAGAAAACCUUGAUUUCAUCAAGAGGAUGCUCCUCUCAGCACUGCAACCGUCAGAAUCUGAAGCACUGCGUAUGCAGGCCGUGAAGGCAGUGGGUGCCUUCAUCUUGCUUCAUGACAAGGAACCCACCAUUCAGAAAUACUUGGCUGAUCUACUGCUGCCAUUUAUGCAGAUUGUAGUGCAAUCUAUAGAAAAAGCUGACGAUGAUGCUGCUCUCAAAGUUCUGAUAGAACUGGCGGAAACUACACCUAAGUUCCUAAGGCCGCAGGUUGAGGCUAUUUUCCAAGUCUGCAUCAAGCUGUUAAGUGACCAAAACAAUGAUGACAACUGGAGGCAACUAGCUCUCGAAGCUUUGGUGACGUUGUGUGAGACUGCCCCGGCCAUGGUGCGGAAAGUGGUGCCCAAUGCGGUCAAGGUGCUCACCCCUCUGGUACUCGAGAUGAUGUGUGAGCUGGACGAUGAACCCGACUGGUCUCUUCAGGAUGAUGCUGCCGAUGAUGACAAUGAGCAGAACUAUGUAGCGGCCGAAUCGGCGUUGGACCGCAUUUGCUGCGGCCUCGGAGGCAAGAUCAUGCUAGGCCUCAUCGUGGGCCAAGUGCCCGAGAUGUUGAACUCUGAGGAUUGGAAGAGACGCCACGCGGCCUUGAUGGCCGUGUCUUCGGCUGGCGAAGGCUGCCACAAACAGAUGGAGCAGAUGUUGGACCAAGUUGUCUCAGCAGUGCUCAAUUACUUGGCGGACCCUCAUCCACGUGUGAGAUACGCCGCAUGUAACGCAGUCGGUCAAAUGUCGACUGAUUUCGCUCCGGUGUUUGAGAAGAAGUUCCACGACAAAGUUGUUCCCGGUCUACUCAUGGUUCUCGAUGAUAAUGCUAACCCACGAGUACAGGCGCAUGCUGCAGCUGCAUUGGUGAACUUCAGUGAAGAUUGUCCAAAACCAAUCCUCACCCAAUAUCUGGGACCUCUGAUGGACAAGCUUGAGGCAAUUCUUACCGCCAAGUUCAAAGAGUUGGUGGAAAAGGGCACAAAGCUGGUACUGGAGCAGAUAGUGACCACCAUAGCAUCGGUGGCCGAUACGGUGGAGAAAGACUUCGUGCUGUACUACGACCGCCUCAUGCCCUGCCUCAAGUACAUCAUAGCAAAUGCCAACACUGAGGAACUGAAACUGCUGCGAGGCAAGACUAUCGAAUGCGUCAGUCUUAUUGGACUAGCGGUGGGUGAGCAGAAAUUCAUGGCAGAUGCUUCUGAGGUGAUGGACCUUCUGCUGAAGACGCACACAGAUGGAGAAGCCCUGCCCGCUGACGACCCGCAGACCUCCUAUCUCAUAUCUGCCUGGUCUCGGAUCUGCAAAAUUAUGGGCAAGAAGUUUGCUCAAUACUUACCAAUGGUGAUGGAGCCAGUUAUGAGAACGGCAGCGAUCAAGCCUGAAGUAGCACUACUCGACAACGAAGACCUGGAAACUAUCGAUGGAGACCUUGACUGGCAUUUUGUUUCACUUGGUGAACAACAGAACUUUGGCAUCAAGACUGCAGGCCUGGAAGACAAAGCCUCCGCCUGUGAGAUGUUAGUCUGCUACGCGCGAGAGCUAAAGGAAGCCUUCUCCGAGUACGCGGAGCACGUUGUGAAUCUGAUGGUGCCGAUGCUGAAGUUCUACUUCCACGAGAACGUGAGGAUGUCGGCCGCGGAAUCCCUGCCCUAUCUGCUCGAGUGCGCCAAAAUAAAAGGCCCCCAGUACAUACAGGGAAUGUGGGCGUACAUCUUGCCCGAGCUGCUCAAGGCUAUCGACUCGGAGCCUGAGCAGGAGGUGCAAAUUGAGCUGCUCAACAGUCUGGCGAAGUGUAUCGAGGUGCUGGGUACCGGCUGCCUGUCUGAAGAGUCCAUGGCAGAAGUUCUUCGUAUCCUGAACAAACUGCUCACGGAACACUUUGAACGCGCUACCGAAAGACGACAGAAGCGAGCUGAUGAGGACUAUGAUGAGGUAGUGGAAGAGCAAUUAGCAGACGAAGACAACGAAGACGUAUACGGCUUAUCUCGCGUUGCGGACGUCCUCCACGCCCUGAUGGCCGCCUACCGCGACGCUUUCUACCCCCAUUUGGACUCUCUCUUACCACACCUGGUGCAGCUGCUGGCUCCUUCCCGACCUUACGCCGACCGCCAAUGGGCCAUAUGCAUCUUCGACGACGUUAUCGAAUUCGGAGGACCGGCUUGCGUCAAAUACCAGGACAUCUUCUUGGAGCCGAUGCUCAACGGCCUCAGGGAGAGGGAGCCGGAGAUCAAACAGGCGGCGGCCUACGGCUGCGGGGUUUUGGCCCAGUUCGCGGGACCGCAGUUCGCGGCCGCCUGCGCUCGGGCCGUGCCCUUGUUGGCCGCGCUCAUAGCGGAGCCCGACUCUAGAUCCGUAGAAAAUAUCAACGCAACAGAAAAUGCCAUAUCGGCCGUGGCGAAGAUCAUCAAGUAUAACCAUUCGCAAAUUAAUAGGGACGAGAUUAUAAGGCAUUGGCUGACGUGGCUGCCGGUGGUGGAGGCCGCCGACGAAGCGCCGCACGUGUACGGAUUGCUGUGUGAGCUGGUGAGCGGCGGACACGCGUCCCUGCACACGCCCGACGCAGUUCCACGCGUCAUCGCAAUCAUAGCGGAGGCCUUCCUCACGGAUGUCGUGCCACACGACGACGCGGUCUUUGCACAGAUGGUGGCACUGGUGCGGCAGAUACAGAGUAAUGCGGAAAUGUUCAACUCGUGUCUGAUGCAACUGAGCAACGAUCACAAGGAGGCUCUUCAGCUGGCUCUGUCGACAUAG